AUGUCUGCCUCCAUCCUCCGCGUUGCCGCUCGCGGCUCGACCACUCUCUUCCGUGCGAACCCCAUCCGCCAGCCUCUCGUCGCCCGUUCCGGCAUGCUCCUGCCCGCCAUCGCGGGUGUCCCGGCCGCCAACACCUUCAGCACCAGCUCCCGCCUCCGCUCCGGCGACCACGCCGAGGAGACCUUUGAGGAGUUCAGCGCGAGAUUCGAGAAGGAAUUCGAUGGCGUCCAGGACGUUUUCGAGCUUCAGCGCAACCUCAACAACGCCUUCGCCUACGACUUGGUUCCCUCCCCCUCCGUCGUCGCCGCCGCCCUCAAGGCCGCCCGUCGUGUCAACGACUUCGCUACCGCCGUCCGCAUUUUCGAGGGCGUUAAGGCCAAGGUCGAGAACAAGGGUCAGUACGAGCAGUACCUCGAGGAGCUCAAGUCCCUGAGGGAAGAGCUCGGCGUCCCUCUGAAGGAGGACAUCUACCCCGAGGAGAAGAACUAA